CUUUUGUAAUUUCUUUCUUUCUUUCUUUCUUUCUUUCUUUCUUUCUUUCUUUCUUUCUUUCUUUCUUUCUUUCUUUCUUUCUGAUGACCACCACUACUACUACCACCCAUGGCACAUCUGUCUAUUCUUCAAGUCGAUUAAAAACCAAAACGAACAAUCGACUAGAAGACGAUGGUGACGAACUACAAUAUCUUCAAAACCAAUUAAGUAAAAUGGAUGGACUAUCAACAAAAUUGGUUGGUAUCCUUGACUCUUUUGAUGAUCGACUUUUGAAACUUGAAGCCUCUAUUUUACCUAUCCAUCGAUCAACUCAGAAUCUGACAAGACUUGUGAACAGUAAGUAUUAUUUAACUGUAUUCUCCUUUUUAUCUUCAUAGUCUUCAUUCCCUCACUUUUUGUUUGAAUAGAUAUUGACGCGACUUUGGUGGCAGCUGAUGAUAUUGUACAAUGUUUGAAUCUUC